GUGGAUACAGCGUGGCCAAAGAUCAUCGCCCCCGCUUUUUAGGUUUUUCCGUCCAAUUCAAGUCUCCCCUCUUGUCCUCCCAUUUUCCGAAUUCCACCCUUCCUUGAUAUAAAUCGCACAAACACUACCAGAAAAGAAAAAGAAAAAGAAUAAAAAGAGCAGAUUUUUAUUCGUUUGAUGAUGUCUGAUGGUGGGUAUAAGAAAACCGAUGAUAUUUGCGAAGACGUUUGUGGUCAGGAGGUAAUGGGAGGAGUACCAUUAAACAUGUCGAGAUUACACUGUAUAAUGCGAGGUUUGGAUUUAAAAGUGUAUCUCCUUUUAUUCAUUAUUGUACCAACAGUGGUUCUUGGUAUUUAUGUUCACGGUCAGAAAAUUACAUACUUUUUAAGGCCACUAUGGGAGAAGCCCCCGAAGCCGUUUCAUGAAAUCCCCCAUUAUUAUCAUGAGAAUGUUUCGAUGGAGAAUUUGUGUAGGUUACAUGGAUGGGGUAUCAGGGAGUCUCCUAGACGUGUUUUUGAUGCCGUUUUGUUUAAUAAUGAGGUUGAUAUUCUUACAAUUAGAUGGAAAGAAUUGGAGCCAUAUGUUACACAGUUUGUGUUGUUAGAAGUGAAUUCAACGUUUACAGGGAUACCCAAGCCUUUGUAUUUUGCAAACCAUAAAGAGCACUUUAAAUUUGUUGAGCAACGGUUAACGUAUGGAACGAUAGGAGGUAGGUUUAAGAAAGGGGAGAAUCCGUUCGUUGAAGAGGCUUAUCAGCGUGUAGUUUUGGGUAAGUUGUUAGGGAUUGCGGGUAUAAUGGAUGAUGAUUUAUUGAUUAUGUCUGAUGUUGAUGAGAUUCCGAGUGGGCAUACUAUUAAUCUAUUGAGAUGGUGUGCUGAUACACCUCUUGUUCUUCAUUUGAGGCUUAAGAAUUACUUGUAUUCGUUCGAGUUUCCUGUUGAUAAUAAGAGUUGGAGAGCGUCAGUGCAUCAGUAUAAGGCGGGAAAAACAAGGUAUGCACAUUAUAGGCAGACUGAUGAUAUCUUGUCAGAUGCAGGGUGGCAUUGCAGUUUUUGCUUCAGGCAUAUAAGUGAGUUUAUAUUCAAAAUGAAAGCUUAUAGUCAUUAUGAUCGAGUGAGAUUCAAGUAUUACCUUGAUCCCAAAAGGAUUCAGGACGUCAUUUGCAAAGGAGCUAACCUUUUUGACAUGCUUCCCGAAGAAUAUACAUUCAAGGAUAUCAUAGGAAAAUUGGGUCCCAUUCCUCAUUCUUUCUCUGCCGUUCAUCUUCCAGCUCAUCUUUUGAAUAACGCUGAAAAGUAUAAAUACCUCUUGCCAGGGAAUUGCAAUAGAGAAAGUGGCUAACACUUAAUGACAGGCUUUAGGGGUAUCCAUUUCUGUAAUGACUGGAGCCUGGAGGUACAGCGUCUUUUGACGCAUCCCAAGGAAGGGUUGAGCAGUUGAUGACUUAGACAUGGUAGUAUAUACAGUUAGUAUCAAAUAUUCAACUAGAACUUAGAUCAUUAUUUCGAGACAGAUUGGGGAAGACCGGAAAAUUCGUUGUGCUUGGAGAUGAAACCAUGUAUUAUCUAGUUUUGGGCUGUGAAGGUGAAAUCGUGUAUUUUCUAAUUCAUGGUUUCAACCAAAUUGGAGAAUAUUUGUUUGUCGAAUGCUUGGGUUGGGAACAGAGAGUCAUGUUUAACAUCUUCUAUGCCGCCUUCUUGUCGGUCUGUGAUGAACCCUUAAAAUGUUCAAAAUUGUGAAAGAAACAGCAGAAAAUGAAAUUCUGUGGCAUUUCGCUAGGCUUUUCACUCUGGGAAUUUUGUUGUCUUUCAACUGAUACACUGUUUAUAUAGUAGUUUUUCUUCUCCUUGUAGCUUCUUGAUUGUACAAUUUAUGCCUCUUUAAAUCAAUAAUAAAGAAAAAAAAGAAAUAAGUGGAAUGAAAGUUACACUUAUUGCUUUCAGAUUGUUCUUUUA